AACCUAAAUCAAUAGAUGAUAUCAUUCAGAUUUUCAAAUCAUAUAUUCUUUAUGAGAUACCUGUAUUUCCUUGGUCAGAGGAUCCUAUAUCAAAAGAAACAGAUGUGAUCCGUUCAAAUCUUAUUAAACUUAAUGAAUUGGGCUAUUUAACUGUAAGCUCCCAGCCAGCUGUUAAUGGGGUUAAAAGUGAUGAUGCAGAUUUUGGCUGGGGUCCAAAAGGUGGAUAUAUAUAUCAAAAAUUUUUUGUAGAAUUUUUUGUAAGUCCAGAGAUGUUUGAUAAAUUAAUUAGAGUAAUCAAUGAGAAUUGCUGGAUUACAUAUUAUGCUGCAAAAAGGAAUGACGAGUUUAAAACAAAUAUAAAAGAAGAAACAUCUACUGCUGUCACAUGGGGUGUGUUUCCUGGUAAAGAAAUUGUUCAACCAACUAUUAUUGAAGAAGUAUCAUUCAAGGCUUGGAAAGAAGUUGCUUUUGAAUUAUGGUCUGAAUGGGAACGUCUAUACCCAAAAGACUCAAUAGCACAAAAAUUAUUAAAAGACAUCGGUGAUAAUUGGUGGUUAGUUAAUCUUGUGUAUAAUGAUUAUGUAAACCCAGAAGGUGUUUGGGAAAUUUUUUUUUAG